AGGUAGAAGUUGUACCACAUGCCGAGCCUUUUUCACACGUGUACUGCACUACUGCAUUUGUAACUUCACCUGUGUGAACGUUUGGUGGAUCACGUACGCCAGUUAAACUCUUGUUUCCUGGAGUUUAGCAAAAGAUAUCUCGUGUUAAGGGAUACAUAUCAUUGAGACGUGGUGCAGGUUCUAAAAAUCAUUCAAGGACUCGUAUAAGGAUAAUGGCAUCCCUUGUCGUAAGAGGUGUCAUUCGAACCAUGACAACCAUAGCAGCCAUCAAAACGCCAAGAGCUGCCAAGAAUAUAAGGUAUGUUACAGCAUCAUUUCUGGCAACAGGAGGAGUAUUACUCUUCUCCUCUAAUAAUGAAGUUGUUUCUGCUGCAAAGAAAUCCACUAACCUAGACACCUCCAUCUUCAUGGCAGAACCUAUUACAGAUUUGAAUAUUUUAGAGGAGAAUCCAAAUGAUAUGAAGACAAAGAUGGAAUUACUUAUAAUGAGAAUUCAGUCAGAGUUUUGUCGAUCCUUGGAGCAAGAGGAUGGAAAUCAAGCCAAGUUCACCAUUGACAGAUGGAGGCGCCAUAAUCCCAGUGAAGGUGGAGGCAUCACCUGUGUCCUCCAAGAUACUGAGACAUUUGAAAAGGCUGGUGUUAACAUUACUGUCAUGUCUGCCCCACUUUCCAAACAGCUGCAGGCGAGUAUGAGGGCCAGAGGUAAGGAGUUGCCUGAGGACAAGCAGUUUACUUUCUUCGCUGCAGGGAUUAGUUCAGUGAUUCACCCGCGCAAUCCACAUGUACCCACAAUCCAUUUUAACUACAGAUACUUUGAAAUGCAGGAUGAAGAUGGCAAAAAUAAGCAUUGGUGGUUUGGAGGUGGUACAGACCUGACUCCAUACUAUCUUAAUGAAGAUGAUGUCAGGCACUUUCAUAGUGUUUUAAAAUCAGCGUGUGAGCGCCAUGACCCUCAAUAUUAUCCAGAUUAUAAAAAGUGGUGUGAUGACUACUUUCAUAUAAAGUUUAGGGGUGAGAGGCGAGGAGUUGGUGGUAUUUUCUUUGAUGAUUUAGAGGCAGAGAAUGCGGAGAACAUAUUUAACUUUGUGAAGGACUGUGCAGAAGCCGUGGUUCCCUCAUAUCUUCCCAUUGUGAAAAAACACAAGAAUGAUGAAGUAUCAGACGAAGAAAGAAAAUGGCAGUUAUUGCGACGAGGCCGUUAUGUAGAGUUUAACCUUGUAUAUGACCGUGGAACAAAGUUUGGCUUUGCAACGCCUAAUGCACGUAUUGAGAGUAUACUUAUGUCUCUUCCUCUACAUGCACGAUGGGAAUACAUGCACCAACCAGAACCUGGUUCUCCAGAGUUUAAAAUCACUGAGGUCCUAAAGAAUCCGCAAGAUUGGAUAUAAUGUUUGUACAGUGGAUAGAAGAGCUCUGUGAUGAAUGGGACAUUGUACACUGUGAAGCAUUUUUAUCUAAAGCUGUGAUGAUUGAUUGAUUACUGUAUUUUAGGAUAAGUGAAGCAAUUUAAUUAGAAGUCAUAUUUACAGGAAUUUUCCAUCCUGUAUUUUUUGUAAUGACUUGAAUAUUUUAGUCUGUUUAAUGCAACAAUCAUUGUAAAUAUUACUUGUAUUACAAAGAACAUUAGUUGUUGCAUUGUAGUUCUUUUGAAUACAAUUGUGAGAGCGCAUGUCUGGCGCUGCCACCAAUGUGAGGGCGCGGGUUCCCUCUUGUGUCUGCACCCCCUCAUCUUUACUUACUUCUCUUAGUCUUACUCUUACUCAGUUCCGUCACCUAUUCUUUGGUAGCAUGGACAUUCUUUUGGUAGCAUGGUCUAGGGUCUAGGCACGUGGGUAUAGUAAUUCUG